AUGUCUUUUUUGACAUCGUCUUUUGGCAGUAAAAAAGAAGAAGAAGAAGAAGAAGAAGAAGGAGAUAGUAUUCAGCAUCUUUUUUGUAUUCACAAAAUAUGGUGUUUGCAUCCAUCUUUAAUAUCGGAUGAUCAAACUGAUUCAACAAUGAUGUUGUGUAAUAUUAAUGAAAAAUUAAGUUCACAAGAACCAACGACACCUUGUGUUUUAAAUACACCAAAUACAUGUACAAAAUAUAGUACAUUUUUUUACGAUAUACCUCCCAUCAAUAUACCUACAUCAACUACUACAGGAUCAUUAGAAGCUCAAUCUUCAACAACAAUAACAAAUGGUAAUAUUGAUAUUGAUUCGUCUAUAGCAGUCAGUAGUAAACAAAUUGGUGAUGGAACAAACAGUUCGACAUCGUCCAAUGUAGAAUCGGAUACAAUAACACAUGAUUCAUCGAAUAUGCAAUUACCAAAAAGUUUAAUAUUAUUUAAUGAACAAUCAUCUUCAGCGCGUCAUAUACCAUUAAAAUUAUCACAUAUUCAUAAACCAAAAGAUCAAUCGUCAAUCACAACUACGCAGCCAUCGUAUUCAACGACAUUCAACGGUCAUACAUCGUCGUCUUAUUCUAACGAACUAAAAUCAUCAGACGAUACUCUUAUUCGUCAACAUUUAUCUUCACCGAAAAAUCAACGAUCAUUAUCACCAUCGUCCUAUUGUUUAGAAAAAAAUAAUAAUAAACGUACAAAUGGUGAGAUUGAUUCUGUAAAUUCAAAUUCUUCAUCAACAGUAGCAUCAUCAAUAUCAUCACAUUCAUCCGUUAAUAUUUAUAAUUCUUCGUCUUCAUUAACUUCUCAACCACCAACGAUACCUACAUCAUCGACAGCUCAAACGGCAUCAACAACUCUCACAAUGAAUCAUCAUAGUCGAGCAGCUGCCGUCUAUUCACCUUAUAAUAAUGAUCAACAUCACACUUACAUUGAUUAUCAACAACAGUCACAACCUCCUUCUUAUCACGAUACAAUGGUGAGGCCAAAAUCUACUAUACCUCAACAAACAAAUUUUGUACCAAUGAGAGUAGAUGGAAAUUUAUAUUCAAUUAAACAACCAGUUAACACCGCAUCUUCUCAGCAACAAGAUUGGACAAAUUCAAAUGCGCCAUCUUAUCAACAACAUUCGCAUAUCAAAGAAGAACCUCAAGAAUAUCCACCAAGUUCUACUAUUUAUCCAUCCGAUACAUCAAAAUCUAUUACGACAGCCACUGUUACCAGCGGUCAACAACAACAACAACAACAAACACAGCCAUUUUUGUUUGUUAAACCUCGUAAAUAUGCAAAUAGACCAUCAAAAACACCGUUACACGAACGACCAUUUCCAUGUCCGGUUGAUGCCUGUCCACGACGAUUUUCACGAUCGGAUGAAUUAACGAGACAUAUUCGGAUACACACGGGUGAUAAACCCUUUCAAUGUAAAAUAUGUGCAAGAGCGUUUAGUCGUUCUGAUCAUUUAACAACACACAUUCGAACACAUACGGGUGAAAAACCGUUUUCCUGUGAUACAUGUGGUAGACGUUUUGCUCGAUCCGAUGAACGAAAAAGACAUGGAAAGGUACAUCAAAAAAUACGUAAUUCAAAUACUAUUGGUACGAAAUCAUCAUCGUCUGCAAAUUCAAUUAAUUUAAUACAUACUGCUGCUCACGUUAGUGGUCUAUUACUAAAUCCUGAAUGCGGUGACGAUAGUUCACAUAGUGACAGUGAUAUGCACGUGACACCAACAACAUUUCAUACUCAUCACCAAACAUCGCUACAACAACAACAACAACAACAACAGCAACAGCAACAACAUUAUCAGAAUCCUUGGUAA